AUGAAAAUGUGCUACAGAAAUAAAUGUUGUUGUUGUUCAUGUAACACAUCCUUCAAACUUUGCAAAACUGGCAGAGGUUUGUAAAAUGGAGUUGGUUUGGUUGGACAUCGAAACUUCAAUGACUAAGAACUGGGGUUAGAAGUCGACUGCGUGAAGUUCUUACUGGUAUAAGAAGUGUGAUGAGAUAUUGAAGGAACAGCGUUCAUUUACUGAUGAAUUAAAUGUCACAUUUUGCCUAAUAAUUUAUGAGCUCAAAUCUCUCUUUAUGUUUCAGGAGUCUUUUGCAAACUGCUAAAAAAAAGCACUAUGAUUAUAAAGGAAGGAUUUCUAGAGACGUGGUUUAUUAUUUCACUGUAACUUCACCCCGCUAUCCCCCAUUUCAGGACUGUUGUAUUGUUUUUGUAAGUAGAGAAUAAUAGCUUAUGGCACUGCACACUUUACCUGACAACUCAAAUUGUAAAUCUCUACAAAAACAUUGAAUUUUGAGUCUCUAAUUAUAUUCUUUUAUAUGCUUAUAAUGUAAUUUUGAGGUGAAUACAGAGGCCCAGUUACCUGCAUGCCAGCACUUCAUUUUUUUUGUUGUUUUUAAGAGGUACUUGAAUCAAAGAGAGCGACUCUGAAAGAUAACUAUUAGGCCAGUUUUAGACGUUAAGCAGACAUGACCAAAGAAGUGAAGCAUGAGGAGCAAAACCACAGCGAAGGAAUGAAAAGAUCAGGCAACUGCACAUGUUCAGUGAAGCCUCUUAUCAAGUGUCUGCUCAUAACAACUGGAGUUCUCUUAGGAGUUGGACUGGCGUACCGAGUCUUGAUAAUAGCAGGCAUGCAUCAAACCGAGUGCUGUCCUGAGCUGUGGGUUUCAAACAAAGAGAACUGCUAUUAUCUUUCGACUAAUAAGACAACAUGGCAGAUGAGUAAGGAUGACUGCACCUCAAGGGGGGCUCAGCUUGCUGUGAUUGAGGAUGAGGAGGAGCUGGUGAGUAGAAACUGGGAAGAGAGGAUAGUCAGGAGUGAAACACUGUGCUGAAGGUGAAAAUCAGGAGCCUGAGAUGUAAUUCAUUUACUUAUUU